AUGUCUGUAGAAAUCGAGGGCCCAGCCGACCCGGAGACGCUAGUUCGCCGGGACUCGUUCUACGGCGACGCCGAGAAGGUCUCCGUCGAUAAGCACCACGGCUCCGGGGCAAGCUGGAGGCAGACGCUGCAGCUGGCGUUCCAGAGCAUCGGCGUGGUGUACGGCGACGUCGGGACGUCGCCGCUGUACGUGUACUCGAGCACGUUCCCGCACGGCAUCAAGCACCGGGAUGACCUCCUCGGCGUCCUCUCCCUCAUCCUCUACACCUUCAUCCUCCUGGCCAUGCUCAAGUACGUCUUCAUCGUGCUUUACGCUAACGACAAUGGCGACGGAGGAACCUUUGCGCUCUACUCGCUGAUCUCGCGAUACGCGAAGAUACGGAUGAUACCGAACCAGCAGGCCGAGGACGCGUCGGUGUCCAACUACAGCAUCCAGGAGCCCAACUCGCAGAUGCGGAGGGCGCAGUGGGUGAAGCAGAAGCUGGAGUCCAGCAACGCGGCCAAGAUCGCGCUCUUCACCAUCACCAUCCUCGGCACCGCCAUGGUCAUGGGCGACGGGACCCUCACACCGGCAAUCUCUGUGCUAUCUGCGGUUAGCGGGAUCAGGGAGAAAUCGCCCAACUUGACACAAUCGCAAGUUGUAUGGAUCUCGGUGGCCAUCCUAUUCCUGCUCUUCUCGGUGCAACGCCUUGGGACGGACAAGGUCGGCUACUCUUUUGCGCCCAUCAUCUCGGUGUGGUUCCUCCUCAUCGCCGGCACCGGGGUGUACAACCUCGCCACGCACGACAUCACCGUUCUCAGGGCCCUCAAUCCUAUGUACAUAGUGGAAUACUUCGCGAGGAAUGGCAAGGAGGCGUGGGUCUCACUCGGGGGCGUUAUCCUCUGCAUCACAGGUGCGGAGGCCAUGUUUGCUGACCUUGGUCAUUUCAACAUCAGGGCCAUCCAGCUGAGCUUCAACUUCAUACUAUUCCCCUCAGUCGCUCUAUGCUACAUGGGCCAGGCAUCCUACCUGCGGAAAUUCCCCGAAAACGUCGGCGACACCUUCUACAAAUCAAUCCCAGCUCCGAUGUUCUGGCCGACGUUCAUCGUGGCCAUCUUCGCGGCCAUCAUCGCCAGCCAGGCCAUGCUGUCCGGUGCGUUCGCCAUCCUUUCCAAGGCCCUCUCCCUGGGCUGCUUCCCGAGGGUGGAGGUGGUGCACACAUCCAACAAGCACGCGGGGCAGGUGUACAUCCCGGAGGUGAAUUUCCUCAUCGGCGCCGCCAGCAUCGUCGUCACCCUCGCAUUCCAGACCACCACCAACAUCGGCAACGCCUACGGCAUCUGCGUCGUCACCGUCUUCUCCAUCACCACGCACCUCAUGACGGUGGUGAUGCUUCUCAUCUGGAAGAAUCACAUGAUCUACAUCGUGGCCUUCUACGUCGUCUUCGGCCUCGCCGAGUUCCUCUACCUGUCGUCCAUCCUCUCCAAGUUCGCCGAGGGAGGGUACCUUCCCUUCUGCUUCUCGCUAGUGCUCAUGGCGCUCAUGGCCACCUGGCACUACGUCCACGUCCAUCGCUACUGGUACGAGCUUGACCACGUCGUGCCGGCAGCGGAACUCACGGCGCUCCUGGGCCGCCACGACGUGCGGCGGGUGCCUGGCAUGGGUCUGCUCUACUCGGAGCUCGUCCAGGGCAUCCCCCCGGUGUUCCCGCGCCUCGUCGACAAGAUCCCCUCCGUGCAUGCCGUCUUCGUCUUCAUGUCCAUCAAGAACCUCCCCAUCCCGCGGGUGGCGCCGCCGGAGCGCUUCAUAUUCCGCCGGGUCGGCCCCGCGAAGCACCGCAUGUUCCGCUGCGUGGCCCGCUACGGUUACACAGACCAGAUCGAGGGCACCAAGGAGUUCUCCGCAUUCCUCCUCGACCGCCUCAAGAUGUUCAUAGAAGAGGAGGCCGCCUUCGACUUCGACGACCACGUUCGACGGGGAGUGCAGAUGGCAGCCGCGGAGGAGGAGAAGCGAUUCAUCAACGCGGAGGCGGAGCACGGGGUGGUGUACCUGAUGGGGGAGGCGGAUGUGGCAGCGGCGGCGGGUUCCUCGGUCAUGAAGAAGAUCGUGGUCAACUGCGUGUACAACUUCCUGAGGAAGAACCUCAGCGAUAGCCACAAGGCGCUCUCCAUUCCAAAGGACCAGCUGCUUAAGGUCGGGAUCACAUAUGAGAUAUAG